AUUAUCACAGGGGCUGAAUGGAAAUCUAGGUUAUUGGGUUAUUAGUAGAAAUCAAAAUCUGUUUAUACGUGGGGAUUUAUCGUUCAGUUGCAGCCUGAAUACUGGUGUAUAUGCAGCUUAGUAAAUAAAUGAAGAAAUGAUUUGAAGAAUCCAACUUGGUCGAUGCAGCAGUACUGACGAUGGAUUUGAUCUCAGACAGUCAUAGUUAAUUUGUCGCUGGAUGCCAUGACUGCAUGCGGAAGCACCAGUGUCGGUGGUGUCAUGAGCGCGUGGGAAACUUUGGAGGAUGGAUAUAUAACAAUGCGCUUUAAAGUGCUGGACUGCUGCGGAAAAUAAACGGCACUGGAAUUCGGGCGGUGGAGUUAAAGCGACAACUGGGAUAGUUGAAAAUGCAAAAGCGUAUUCAAAUGCAGUAAUAAGCUAAUACGGUGACUGUAAAUAAGCGGAACGGCGGAACAAGACAUGGACCGAGAAGCAGGGCGAGACCGCCGGCGGUUCAUCGCGGCGCAUUGUGAUGACGGAACUGGAGGGGAGGAGAUAAAGGAGAACAAGAAAAACCGGUGAGCAGCUGUGAGGCAGAGAGUGUGUGAAAGAAACAGAAGAGUCCAAUUCUGUCAGCAUAACCCCAGAGACCUGCUAGGAGGAAAGAAGGAGACCUACUGACCUGGUGGAAACCAGUACAAAAAAAUAGAAGAAACUAAUAGGAUAUAAAUAAGGAAAGGAUUUUGGAUGUGUAGCGAUCAUCUGAGAUCAAGGUCCAUGACAGCUGAGUUCUAACUAAAGCAGAAUUCAAAUGCACCUGCAGCCAGACACCAUCUGAGGAUUUUCAAAUCUCAAUUCCUGGAAGAUAUUUCACUAUAUGACUUCAGCAUAAUUCAGCACUGUGUGAUUAUUGAUACAAAUGACAGAAUUAUGAACUGAGGAUUUUUUUUUACUUCUGGACUAUCCUUUGUGCAGCUUGUGUUGUAGUAUGGGGAAAGGUCUAUCCACAGGCCUGACACCUUUUUUCUGGGCCAGAUGAGGGGCUGCAGGCAAAGCUUGCUGCAGGGCCGGCGAUUCCACUGUCGGGAAUGGGCCCUGGAGAAGGUGAAGAGAUACCUGGAGGCAAGAAAUCAUGUCAAAGGUGUGCAGGACUCAUCCCAUCCCCCAUCAGGUGUCCUAGUGAUGGGGGGACCUGGUACAGGUAAGACGGCCUUCUGCACAGAGCUGGUCUGGCCCCAAUCAGAAUCAGGGAGAGCAAGCGGGCUGGCAUCACGGUGCUUGGCUUGGCACUACUGUCAACGGGAAGAUGCAGACAGCAUAGAAGUUUGGAGGUUUGUACUGGGCCUGGUGGAGCAGCUGCGUAAGAGCCCUCUAUUGGCACCAAACUAUGGCAACCUUUUGGCCAAUCCUGCUAUUGCUACCAGCCUAGAUCCUCUUCACUGUCAACGCGAUCCAGAUGACACCUUUAAAAGGGCAGUUUUGGAGACCCUGCUCUCAUUACCCUCUCCAUCUCAGAGUGUUUACAUAGUGGUAGAUUCUCUGGAUUCUGGCUGUGGUGGGACUGUUGGAGUCAGUGAAAGUCUGACAACGGGGACUACGGGUACUCAGAGUACUACAAUAGCGGAGCUCCUCCACAGACACCACCAAUACUUGCCACCCUGGAUUCUCCUGGUCUGUUCUGCCCGCAGACAGAAUAAGGCUGUUUGCAAGAUGUUCUCAGGGUUUCGAAAGUUAUGUCUGGAUGACUUGCGGAAACCUUUGGCUGUACAAGAUGUUCAGCAUUAUAUUCUGCGGAGGCUAGAUCAGGAGGGGACCCUGCGGCGGCAGCUCACACCAGAGACAGCUGACAUGCUUAAUUUGCUCCAUAUCAAGAGUGGUGGCUGCUUUCUCUUUCUUGAGCGAGUGCUGGAUGGUGUAGCAAGUGGUUUAGUAGGGCUCAGAGAAAUCCGGGACAUACCAGGCACACUAAAUGGUCUCUAUCUAUGGCUCUGUCAGCGGCUUUUCCCCCGUAGACUCUUUGUCCAUGUUAGGCCCUUGCUCAACAUUAUUCUUGCCUCCCCACGACCCCUAAAUCUUGAGGAACUCUUCAGUGCUGCACGAACAAGGGAUGCUUGCCUGAUACAUGAGGACUUUCAGUCACAAAUGCGUGCUCUCAAAGCACUGAUAGUAGAUGGGCCAGAUGGGACUAAGCUCUUGUUCCAUGGUAGUUUUGCAGAAUGGUUAACUGAUGUGAAAUACUGUACACAAAAGUUUCUGUGCAGUACUAAAGAUGGUCAUCUUUCACUUGCCAUGUCCCUAUCAUUGAGAUCUAAAAGCCUUAACACAGAAGAGGUAUGCCAAAUGGGCCAUCACCUCCUCAACAGUGGAAUACAUUCAGGUGAGCCGUCACUGCUGGCUCUAUGGAUGCUUUGGACUGGAGUUCCCACCCUUGGAAGUUGUGGGAGGGGCCCGUCUGCUACUUACUCUCAACAUCUCUUUUCCAUGCAAACACCUGUGCUGGUUCAACAAGAUGUGUUACAGCUUCUGAUGAAAAGUGGUGUUUUCCCUCCUACCUGUUCCCCAGACAAUGGCCCUAGUGUGGGUGUACACUGUGUGGGUAAAGGGAGAGCAAUAGUGAGAAGGGCACUGCAAAGAGAGGACUCAGUGCGAGCUCUUCUGGAUAGUGGGGUUAAUGUAAACAGGACAGAUCCAUCAGAUGGACGAACACUGCUCUCUACUGCAGCAUACAAUGGGCUUGCAGAUAUAACUGCAUUACUACUGUGUCAUGGAGCAGACCCUUCUCUAACUGACAACCAGGGACAUACACCUCUAACGCUUGCAGCCAGGCAGGGCCAUGUAGGUGUACUUCAGGUUAUGCUUGACUGGAUUCAGGAUCAAGAGCGUGGCAUUGUUCGAACAUUGCUGGAGCAUGCAGACAGUGAAGGAUGGACAGCUCUGAGAUCAGCCUCAUGGGGUGGUCAUAAGGAAGCAGUGAAGAUGCUACUAGAGGCAGGAGCAGAGGUAGAUGGUUGUGAUCCUGAUGGGCGUACAGCUUUACGAGCUGCUGCUUGGGGGGGUCAUGAAGAGAUUUUGCUGACUCUCCUUGGCCAUGGUGCUACAAUUGAUAAGAGGGACAAUGAAGGCCGUACUCCACUCAUCGCUGCUGCCUACAUGGGUCAAAAGGAGGCAGUAGAGAUAUUGCUGGAUGCUGGUGCAGAAGUGGAUCUGGCAGACGGGGAUGGACGCACUGCACUCUCAGUGGCUGCACUGUGUGUGCCGUCAGCAGCAGGGGGGAGAGGACAUGUAGAGGUUGUGUGUUUGUUGCUGGAAAGGGGUGCUGAUCCAGAGCAUAAGGAUAAAGAUGGAAUGACACCUUUACUCCUUGCUUCCUAUGAGGGACAUGAGGAAGUUGUAGAGCUUCUUCUGGAGGCUGGAGCUGAUGUGGAUGAGAGUACUGGAACCUACCCCUCUGCUGUCACACCUCUCCUUGCAGCUGCAGCCAUGGGCCAUGCAGGCACAGUGAACCGCAUGCUAUUUUGGGGUGCAGCAGUAGAUGGUAUUGAUGGGGAGGGUCGCACAGCACUCUGCUUAGCUGCCGCUAAGGGCAGUGUACAAGUUGUGCGAGCCCUGCUGGAUCGGGGCCUGGAUGAGAAUCACAAAGAUGAUUUGGGUUGGACGCCACUGCAUGCAGCUGCCUGUGAGGGGCACAAGAGUAUUUGUACUGUACUCACAGAGCAAGGUAGUAUGGCCAGAGUUGGUGAAUUGGAUGUGGAGGGCCGGACACCACUCAUUCUAGCAGCACAGGAAGGUCACUGCAGUACAGUUAGACUCCUGCUUGAUCGCAAAUCACCUAUUGAUCAUCGAGGGUAUAACGGACACUCUGCUCUCAGUGCAGCUGCCCUGCAAGGGCAUGAGGAGGUGGUAGAACUGCUCUUGAGACGGGGAGCUGACACUGAUGUUCGAGAUGCAGAAGGAAGACCUCUUCUGUACUUGCUAAUUCUGGAAGGCUGUUUGGAUAUAGCCACUUUACUCAUAGAGAAAGGGGGUGUUCCACUAGAAUCAAGAGAUGCAGAGGGCCGUACAGCACUACAUGUAGCAGCUUGGCAAGGUGACCUAGAUGGGAUUGAGCUGUUGCUCAGACAUGGUGCAGACCCUAAUGCACUGGACUCAGAGGGUCGACCACCACUGCACUCUGUGGCAUGGAGGGGACACAUGGGUGCUGGUAGAUUGCUCCUCAGAGCUAGGGGCAUAAAUGUUAAUCUAGCUUGCAAAAAACAAGGGGCCACAGCACUCAGUAUCGCUGCUCAGGAGGGACACACUGAAAUUGUGGCCAUGCUUUUGGAAAAUGGUGCUAAACCAGAUCUUGUGGAUAACUAUGGCCGCAGUCCAGUAAAAGUUGCAGGAAAGAGAGGUCAUUUCAGCAUUGUCCGCCUAUUAGAGAGCUAUGGUGCAAAGCCAUUCCUUGGACAUCUGUCUUCACUCUGUGAUACUCCAGGCUUCUCUCAUUCCUCCAUACUGAAAACUCAGGUUUCCAUCUGCUCUGUUGAGGGCUCUGGAAAUGGUGGCCCAGCUACGUCCUCCACCUCAUCAAACUCUUUGUCAGCCUCUUGCUCACCUGCUUCUACAGCUGAAAGAUUUCAUUCAGUUCCUGGUUCACAGACAUCUUCCUCCACAUGCCACUCUCUGGCCACAGUGCAGACUGUGCCUGCAGACACCAUAAGCUUCACACAGCAGAUUCAGCAGCACUCACUACCCCGCUGCCGCAGCCGGCCAUCCACCUUACCUCUACAUGACUCAAACCAUUCUAGCCUACAGAGAAGCACUGCAAGGAACAAGCAGAAAGCAGUUUCCAAAGAUAACCCUACCCAUGCACGAUGCACAGUCCUUGGACUGCAGGACUCGCAUGUUCCCCUUAAAGGCCUUGGGUCUUCACAAACUGCUGAAUACAGCUUGAAGCCCCAUACCCCUCACAUGAUUGAGAAUGACCUAGAAAACAGUCCUCUGAAAUUUGGAAGUUGUAAGUGGAACUCGGUAAUAAUGUCUCUAGGGUUGACACCAAACCAAGAGGGGGCCAUUAGGCAGCCAAUAAAUAGAGACAGUCCACCUUUGGGAUAUCCCCCGCUUCAUCUUCAGUCCCAUGCACAAAAAGAGAGCUGGGAUGGCUUUAAAAAAACAUUUUCCCCAACCUUUGACCUCUCAGCUAUCUCUCCACAUGGUGCCUUACUAGAGGAAUCUGUGUACAUCACAAGCACAGACCCUCAGCUUAACCUCAAACAGGCCAUUAAAUUGCAGUUUGAGGGGCCAACCAGCGCAGCACUUUACAAGCGGGAAACACCACUCUAAGGCAAACCAUGAUAAUUAGGAGAUCAAGGAGGAGAGGGUGCUAUAGAGAAUUACUGCGUGUAGUGGAGAACCAUAUAUGAGAUGAGGCCAGCAUACCAAGCACACAAUAUCCUUUGACUUGCUUAAAAGGAGCAGCAAAGGAGAGGCGAGGAAGUAAUGGACUUCAAAGGGCCUAUGCUGUGUACUUUCUGGAUAUUUUUAUGGCUAGUCACAAUGGACAACUGCUAGCUCCCCACUCACUCAAACACUCACACAAUUACAGGAAAUAUUCUUGCAAAGAAACACAACACAUGAAUAAGGUUGCAUAGAGAAAAAUGUUAUUACAUAUGUGAUCAAAGUACACCAAGAAAUCUAAGACAUGCCUGAUAUAUAGUAAAGAUUUGUUUAUUUGCACACAUAAAACAGGGAGUUAAAUAGUGGCUCUCAAAAUGGCCCAAGGCAAAGCAAGAAUUGUAUAUUCAGAGUAUUUGCAUAGUACAGGGUGUCCCAUCGGUCCAGCAUCAUAUGGUUUAUUUUUACAGACCAUGAAGUAUCCAAACAAGGACAAAUAAAUCCAAAUAAUUCAA